AUGGGCGCUGCAGUCUCUCAGCUCUGGGCUCCGGCCCCAAUCACAGUUGGCUUGAUUGGUCUUCGCUCAGCAGGAAAAACAACCAUCGUGCAUAAGUUGAGCGGAAACUCAGAUCCGGUGACGCCAUCCACUGAGACUGUCGAGAUUACACCCGUGUUUCAGGGAAACCAACAGUUCAAACUCUUCGACUACGCUGGAAACCCUCACUGGAGACCUUGCUGGAGAAGUUUCAUGUCUAGACUACAAGCCGUUGUGUUUGUAAUCGAUAGCACAGACAGGGAUGCGCUACAGGAAGCGAAGACGGAAUUGGUUGGGUUGUUGAAGGAAGAUAUGCUUGAGCAGCAGCCAUUUUUGGUCCUUGCUAAUAAGCAGGAUGAUCCGGUGAGAAGCAUCUUGACAGGUGUCAUCUCGGGAACUGACACAAGAGAGAAAGCCAUGAGCGUUACGGAAUCGAUUGAAUAUCUCGAUAUACAACAGCAUCUUCACAACCCGUCGAAAUGUCGCGUUCAACCUACAAGCGCCUUGACCGGGGAAGGGUUGACCGCGGGUCUGGAAUGGGUGCGCAAUGUCUUGAGAGAGCAUGGCAACUGA